AUGAACACGGUUCUUCAAGAAGUAAAAAUUAUGAAAGAUAAAAUAGAUCAAUUCACUGAACAAAAACGACCUGAUUUGCCAAUAUACGAAACGCUGAAAGCAACAACUAUUGAUACAAGCGAAAUUAAAGACCCUUUAAUCGUAAAUAAUAAUAAUCGUCGUGGUAAAAAAGAACCUUUUAUUUAUAAGAAAUAUUACAAAACUAUGGACGUUGCUUGUAUACCAAGGUCAAUUCCCGAAGAUGAAACUCAUCAGGCAAAAAAAAUACAAGCUCAAUUAGCCAUACUUGGGAAAUUAAAAGAUUCCCCUAAUAUAUUGAAAUUUUUCGGGAUUUCUCAUCUUGAAAAUCAAAUGGUGAUGGUAGUAGAAUGGGCGGAAUUGGGAAGUUUAAGGGAAGUAUAUAAUAGGUGUGAUAUCGCUUGGCCGGCAAAGGUUCAGAUUGCACUAGAUAUUUGCCGUGGAAUAACAUUUUUGCACACGUGUGCAAUUCUUCAUCAUGACAUUCGAUGUGCAAACAUAAUGAUGACAUUACGGUUGGAACCAAAAAUUACAGGGUUUGAGUACGCUCGUUUAACAACAUCGGCCACGACAAGCAUGUCCGAAUUAACAGAUGUUGUUCAUUGGUUAGCCCCUGAAAAAUUAAAAUUCGCUAAAGAACAGCCGUAUAAUACUAAAUGUGAAAUCUUCAGGGAAAAACUUAGAUUUGGUAGAGAUAAACCUGAGAUUGAAGAGCUACAGCAAGAAUAUAAGAAAAUAAUAGUGGCUGCUUGGCAAGAGGAUCCACAAAUAAGAGCAUCACUUCAAUAUUUAUUUCUGGAAUUAAAUAGGUUGGCUCAUAAAUAUUAUGAUCCUAGGAAUACUUCACCAACUCUUAAACCAGAUAAAUCAAUAGAUCUUGAUGGGACAUUACAUCAAGUAUCGGUAAGUGAUAGUAAAGGAGAGGACCUACCAGACUUUGGGGAUGAAUUUUGUCUCGAUUCAUUAGAAUCAUUACCAGAAAUUCGUUCGUUAGAAGAGGGCAUUUCAGCACAUAAAAAGAAGGAAACCAAAAAGGCGUGGGAGAUAUUUUGUGAACAUGCAAACUUGGGAAAUACAAGGGCAAAAUAUUGGAAAGGGUAUUAUUUAUGGGAAGGUUAUGCGGGUGAAAGGGAUCUCCUAAGUGGAGCUAAUAAGUGA